GGGGGCUCCGAGCUGCGGCCCCUCUCCGUUCCCUUCCCUUUCUUCGGCGCCGGGCACACCGGCCUCUAUGUGAACAACAAUGGGAUCAUCUCAUUCCUGAAGGAGGUCUCCCAGUUUACGCCAGUGGCCUUCCCUAUCUCCAAGGACCGUCGGGUGGUGGCUGCUUUCUGGGCUGACGUGGACAACCGGCAGGCAGGCGAUGUGUACUACCGGGAGAGCACCGAGCAGCCCAUCUUGGAGAGAGCCAGCAGGGACAUUGCCCAGUAUUUUCCUGAGUUCCCAGAGUUUUCAGCGCAGUGGGUCUUCAUCGCCACCUGGUACCGAGUGACCUUCUUCGGGGGCAGUUCGUUUUCACCAGUAAACACUUUCCAGAUCGUCCUCAUUACAGAUGGCAAGCUCUCCUUCACCAUCUUCAACUAUGAGUCCAUCACCUGGACCACGGGUAUGCACGCCAGCAGUGGGGGGGACUUUGCCGGGCUCGGCGGCAUCGCAGCGCAGGCAGGUUUUAACGCUGGUGAUGGAAAGCGCUACUUCAAUAUCCCCGGAUCCCGCACCGAUGACAUCGCUGACGUGGAGAUGACAACAAAUGUGGGUAUCCCCGGGCGCUGGGUGUUCAGAAUCGAUGAUGCCCAGGUGCAAGUGGGGGGCUGCAGCAAUACAACCUCUGUCUGCCUGACGCUGCGGCCCUGCCUGAAUGGUGGGAGGUGUAUCGAGGACUGCAUCACGGGGAACCCCUCCUACACCUGCUCCUGCCUGGCGGGCUUCACUGGGAAGAGGUGCCAUGUCGAUGUGGAUGAGUGUCUCUCCCACCCGUGUCAGAACGGAGCCACCUGCCUGAAUGGUGCUGGCAGCUUCAGCUGUAGGUGCCCGCCAGGCUUCAGAGGCACCAACUGUGAGACGGAGGAGUCACCAUGUGAGAGCAGGGUGUGCCAGAACGGCGGGAGGUGCCAGGUGGCAAACAGGACAGCAGUGUGUGUCUGCCAGCCGGGGUACUCGGGGGCAGACUGCCAGACAGAGGUGAACGAGUGCGAGUCCAGCCCCUGCCUGAACGGUGGGCACUGCGUCGACCUCCUUGAUAACUACACCUGUGUCUGCCUGGAGCCCUUCGUGGGACAGCGCUGUGAGACAGACUCAUCUUCUUGUGAGGACAGGAGCUGCAGGAACCGGCAGACUUGCAACUACAUCCGUCCUGGCCGCUACAUCUGCACCUGCUCCCCAGGUUAUUACGGCAACAACUGCCAGUAUGGUGGGCCUCGUGUGCCCGGUGCCUGCCUCUCCCACCCAUGCCAGAACGCGGGCAGCUGCCUGGAGACAGAGCAGGGCUAUGUCUGUGAAUGCCAGGAGGGCUACACUGGGCAGGACUGUCGAAACAAGCUCUCAGAGGGCUGUGAAUGUCGCAACGGGGGCAGCUGCCUGGAGGGGAAUGUCACCAUCUGCCAGUGCCCGCCUGGGUUUUUUGGUCUCCUCUGUGAAUUCGAAGUCACCACCACGCCGUGCAACAUGAACACGCAGUGCCCGGACGGCGGGUACUGCAUGGAGUAUGGGGGGAGCUACCUCUGUGUCUGCCACACCGACUAUGGCACCAACCACACGAUGCCAUCCCCGUGUGACUCGGAGCCCUGCCUCAAUGGGGGGUCCUGUGAGAUUCACGAUGACUCCUACACCUGCCAGUGUCCUCGAGGCUUCCUGGGCAAACACUGUGAGAAAGCCAAGCCACGGCUCUGCAGCACGGGGCCCUGUCGCAACGGGGGCACCUGCAGGGAGGCAGAUGGCGAGUACCACUGCUCCUGCCCCUACCGCUUCACCGGCAAGCACUGUGAGAUCGGCAAGCCGGACCCCUGCGCCUCAGGGCCCUGCCAGAACGGGGGCACCUGCUUCCACUACAUCGGCAAGUACAAGUGUGACUGUCCCCAGGGCUACGCUGGCCGGCAUUGUGAGAUUGUGCCCUCCCCGUGCUUUCUUAGCCCCUGUGAGAACGGCGCUACCUGCGAGGACCUUGGCACGGGCUACACUUGCACGUGCCCUGUGGGCUACGUAGGGAAGCACUGCCAGUCUGAGAUCGACUGUGGGGUCCCCAGUGAGGUGAAGCAUGGCCAGGCCUCUUUCAAUUCCACCAAGGUGGGCUCGCUGGCUGAAUACCAGUGUGAGCUGGGCUACACCCUCAGUCAACACAACCACCCUCGCAUCUGCCGCUUGCCCGGCAUCUGGAGUGACCCCCCUGAAUGUGAUGAGAUCGAUGAGUGUCGGUCCCAGCCCUGCCUGAACGGUGGCCGCUGCAAGGACCGUGUUGCCGAGUUCCUGUGCCUCUGUGAGCCAGGUUACACCGGCCACCAGUGCGAGUCAGAUGUCGACGAGUGCCAGUCAGUGCCCUGUAAGAAUGGUGGGACCUGCCAGGACCUCCCUGGGUCCUUUGCUUGCCACUGUCCUGAGGGCUUUGUGGGGAUGCAGUGCGAGACAGAAGCGGAUGCCUGUGAGUCAGACCCUUGCCGAAACGGAGGGGAGUGCGAGAGCUACGGGGGCUCUUACCUCUGCGUGUGCCCAGAGGGUUUCUUCGGCUACCACUGCGAGACAGGUGAGGUGGGCAGGGCGGCCUGGCAGGGGGCAGCCCCUGGCCCCCCCGGCACCACAGCAAGGGCCCCGUCCUCCAUCGCUGCUGCUCUGCCUCUUGCCGCCGGGGUCUGUUCUCUAAAGAUUCAUGGCGUUACCUCUCCCCUUUGCUUUUGCCCACACCCUGAAGAAUUGCUGCCACCAACCUCAUUAAAGGUGGAAAGGGUGGAGGACACUGGUGUGUUGAUUUCUUGGCACCCACCUGAGGACGCAGCCGCCAGGCAACUCAUUGACGGCUACGCCGUGACGUACGUAUCCCUCGACGGCUCUUACCGCAGGACAGAUUUUGUGGACCGAAGUCGUUCUGCCCACCAAUUGCGGGCACUAGCCUCCGGCAGAGCCUACAAUAUUUCUGUCUUUUCAGUCAAACGCAACGUGAACAACAAGAAUGAUAUCAGCAGGCCCAUCAUGCUCACCACGCGCACUAGACCGCGUCCGGUGGAAGGCUUUGAGAUCACGAACGUGACGGCCAGCGCCAUCACGGUGCAGUGGGCUCUCCACCGGCUCCAGCAUUCCACCGUCAGUAGGGUGCGGGUCUCCAUCCGCCAGCCGGGGGACCUGGCAGACCGCACCGUGGAGCUGAACAGCAGCGUGGCCAAGUACACCUUCCUGGACUUGCAGCCAGGAGAGAGGUACAUCAUCCACGUCACAACGCUGAGCGGCCUGGGGACAGAAGACCACCCCUCAGAGAGUCUGGCUACAGCCCCCUUUCACGUGUGGACAAGGCCUCUCCCCCCAAAAAACCUCACUGCCUCCCGUGUCACCGCCACCUCUGUGUCCCUGGCGUGGGAGCAGCCGCCUGCCGGCGCUGUGGAGGGGUACAUCAUCAAUGUCACCACUGCUCAGAGUGUCAAGAGCCGCUACGUGCCCAACGGGAAGCUUGUGUCCUACACAGUGCGGGACCUGCUCCCCAGGCAGCAGUACCGCCUGUCCGUGACCGCCGUGCAGAACACGGAGCAAGGCCAAGUGCACAGCGAGCCCAUCCACCUCUAUGUCACCACCCUGCAGAGGGAUGGGGCUCCAGAGAGACGGUGGAACCAAGCUGGGCACACCCGACUCCUGCGCAACAGGCUGCCCCCAGCUUUCCUGCCUGAGCUCCGCCUGCUGGCGGAUCACGACACAGCUGAGGAGCCCCUGCCAGCCCCCAGGUUCACUGAGCUGGUGGAUGGCAGAGGGAGAAUCAGUGCCAGGUUUGGCACUGCACUGGGAAAAUCCAUCACUGUGAAGACACAGCCAGAGGCUCCAGUGAAGCUGGAAAACGUGGAGGUGUCCAGCCAGGGCAGUCUGGCACUGCAGUUGCACGAGGCAAAGAGCAAGAGUGAGGAGCAGAACUGCUCCACAAACCCCUGCAGGAACGGAGGCACCUGCACCAGGGAUGCCCAGUCCUACCACUGUGACUGCCGCCCGGGCUUCAGGGGCCGGCUCUGCGAGCUGACCUGCAAGAAGGUGCCACACUCAUGCACGCGGCUGUACUCGGAAACCAAGUCAUUCCCUGUGUGGGAAGGAGGCACCUGCCACUACCUGUACAGGAGAGUCUACAAGGUACACCAGGAUGUCUGCUACAAGGAGAGCUGCAAGAGCACUGCUUCUGGAAAGACAACCAGCAGAAAACCAAGCAACAGUCACACACUGAAAAAGCCAUAG